GGGAAGUCACAAUUUCAAUCUCUCCUCCACACACAACCCUCUUGCUUCUUAGCUUGCUCUCUCUUCACCUCUCAGUUGCUCCCUCAUUUCCUACUGUGUUCAGUUAUCCCAUCCUGUGAGCCAUCUCACUCCCACUCCCUGCCCUCAUCUGCAAAGCGAGCUCUGCACGGACAUGGGCUCCAAAAAGAAAAUGGGCUACAAGUGUCGCAUAGCAGGAGUGAUGCUUCUAUUGAUUGGAAGUAUUGCUGCCCUUGUUGUUGUUGCUGUCAUCCAGGACAAGUUAAAGGUUAAGGAGUAUGGAUUAGAGUUUGGCAUUGUGAUAGACUCCGGUUCCUCUCGCUCCAAUGUGUACCUGUACGAAUGGCCUGGGGAGAAGGAGAACGAGACCGGGGUAGUGACUGAAAGAAAGAACUGCAAAGUCACUGGGGUUGCUAUCUCAGAACUUGAGGUUAGUUCCAAGGAAGAUGAUAGAACAUUUAAAGGAUUUCAACACUGCAUGGAUGAAAUCAAGAAUCACAUUCCUGAAGAAAAGCACAAAACCACACCCCUCUUUCUGGGAGCUACAGCUGGGAUGCGCCUGCUAGAAAUGAAAGAUGAGAAAAGAGCCAAUAGAAUUCUGGAAAAACUCAGAGACUUCCUGAGUAAACAAAGCUUCCAGUUCCACAAUGCUUCCAUCAUCACAGGACAGGAAGAGGGGCUGUAUGGGUGGAUCACAGUGAAUUACUUGAAAGAAAAUUUCCUACAGAAAAACAUGUGGAACACUUACAUUCGUCCAAACGGAGCAGAGACAGUCGGGUCUAUGGAUCUCGGUGGAGCAUCGACACAGAUUGCCUUCCAGGUUCAGGAAAGUGGAGAAGGGCCUGACUACAUGCAUGUCAAGUUGUAUGGUUAUCCCUACACUGUCUACACUCACAGUUUCCUUUGCUAUGGCAAAAAUGAGGCUGACAAAAGGGUUCUGGACAAAGUAAUCAAGGAAUCAUCUGACCCAGACAACAUAAUAAAUCCCUGCUACCCCAGAGGUUUCAACAUUACCAAAAAAGCUUCAUCCAUUUAUGACACGGAGUGCAUACCGAAACCCAAAAACUACAACUCUAGUCAAGAGUUCUUCAUGGUUGGAGGAGCCGACUCGGAAAAAUGCGGGAAAAUCGUGAAGUCCAUAUUUGACUUUCAAAGCUGUUCCUCAAAGCAAUGCUCCUUCAAUGGGGUGGAGCAGCCACCAGUGACUGGAGACUUUAUGGCAUAUGCUGGAUUCUUCUUCAUUGCUCGAGCGCUGGAGCUGAGUGGGGAAUCCGACCUUGAUCAGUUCAAAGUUGCUGUUGGGAACUUCUGCAACACUGACUGGGCCAAGCUAAAAGUACAAAAGGACUUGAUCUCUGAAGGAUAUCUCAAGACCUACUGCUUUGCCAGUCACUAUGUCCUCACUCUACUGGCAGAUGGCUAUAAGUUUGACAAUGAGACUUGGACAAAUAUUCACUUUGAACAAAAGAUAAAGGAAACAAGCAUAGGCUGGAGUUUGGGCUACAUGCUGAGCAUGUCCAACAUGAUCCCAUCUGAAGUGAAAGAAAUCACUCCAAUGACAAACCCGGUGUUUGCUGGUCUCAUCUUUCUAUUUUCAGCUCUAAUCAUUGUAACGGCAAUCUUAGGAUUUAUCAUCCUCAUUCGUACUUGCUAUUGAUAGGUGAUAAAAGGAAAUUAAGGAGAGCAUAGGGAAUUAUUUUUGUUCUUUGUGGGAAUGUGCUGCCCUAGCAUGUGAUCAGGCAUGUUUGUUGAAUGUUACCAAACAAAAUGAUGUGGUUUUUCAUCUCAUACCUCUGAGGCAAGAUUUACAUAGAAAAUGUCUUUGCACUUAAGUUCAUGGUUAAACUUUUUUUUCCCAAUACAACUUGUGCUUGCAAAAGAUAAAUCACCCCCAAUGGAAAUGAGCAAGAUAGUGAAUCUCACUGGACCAAUUUUAUUUCUCUGAUGAAUAUCAGAAUGUGCAUCUAUGGUUAUUUUACGUCGCAGAAGCGCAGAGAUUUAAAAAUCUUUUCCCAGCAGUAUUUUUUAACAAAACAAGUACAAAUGUACAAGAAUUAAAUGAACAUGUCAAAAUGUCCUUUUCCACACAUUCAUAUGGAAAAGGACAUUGCAGGAGGACAACACAUGUUUUGCUUGCACAGGUUGAUUUUUUUUGUCAAGCAUCCACAGAAUCUCUUACAUUUUUUUGUUGUUGUCGAUCAGAUUCAUCACACAUCUAUGUAAGCAGAUAUAAACAGUCCAUCCUUUUUUAUUUGGAUGAAAAUGAAGAAGAAAUGGAUAAAAGAGUGAAUAGCAGAGCUCCUACCUGGCUUGAUAAGGACACAUCUUUAAUGCUUAUUAUAGUAAAUAAAUUGUGAGUAUUUUUUAUUUUUUUUAAACAAGAGCAUUAACUCUUUUAUUAGUGUUAUAAUUGUAUUCAGAAAAAUAUCAAACAGUAUAGGAGGUGCCUAGUACUGAGAUAAAACAUGAAAUGACUCAUUUACACUCUUUAGGCUUUGGUCGCAUUUUUGUUAAAGCUGCAGUAGGUAACUUUUAUUUCGUAACAAUGUUUUUUGCAACUAUCACUGUGUUAAAUUCAUGUAAAAUGUGCUGUUUAUUUUUUUUUUCUUUUUUUUUUUACAUAUGAGAGUAAAAUUUCAGGAAACUAAUCAAUUUAUUCCAAUUUUGUACUGUUUUUCCAAUGACUUUAUCUCACUGUAAGGGAACAUAGAAAGUGUUAAUUUUCAGUUACAUGUGUUCAACUGUCAAUGUUUUCAGUUGUAUGCAUAUGUUUUACUAAAUGAGAAAUACAUUUCUGAACACGCAGUGGAAACCGUAAAUCAUGAGGUUUUCUUGUGAAUCCAGUUGCAGUUACAGUGAAGUUUGGUUGAAUAUAGCACACUCUACUGGAUGAUAUUUUAGCACAAUUUUGACUGUACUUGAAAACCUGAUGCAUGUUUUUAAUUUUAUUGUACUUUCCCCACUAUUUCAAUGCUUUGAUAACUAACUGUAUAAUAAACAUGUUCUUUGACCGCA